GCCAGCCCUCCUGACCGACCCCUUUGCUGAAGAAGCGGAGGGCCAAAUCCAGCCCGACACGGUCAGGAUCCGUCGCCGUCGAUUGAUCGAGCUGCGCCCCUCCAACUCGGCGACGCCCUCGAGACCCAACCCGUCAUCCGUGUCCAAUUUCCCGCCUCAUCCAUAUUCCCUUCCUCGCUCGAUCCCUCGACGGUCCCUGCCAUUUACUUUAUCUCCCCAGGCCCUCGUCACCCUCGCUUCGACAGACCCGGAGCCCCGAUCGACACGUAGCCGUCGUCCUAGCGCGGCCGUGAUUGAGCAGGAAAGGCGGGCAGCCUGGUUCGCGGGCGCCACGACUCUUGUCGAUUGAUGUCGACGCCUCCAGCCAAUCGGGCUUUGGGUCGGUGUCUGACAUAGCUAACGCCCUCACUUGAUCAAUUCACCCUCUCGCCCCCCUAAACACGCCUCUGCGAGCCUCUUGUCCUCGCGCGUUGUCGCUGGAGUAGGCCAUCGUCCUCACCGCAGGCCGCCAUGUCUGCACCCGAUCCCGAAGGCGGCCUGCCGCUCCACGAGCGCGGCCGCGGCGGCCGCCUGGCACCGGCCGAAGCGCCCUACCAACCCGAGCGCGACUACCAAGGCCAGGCGAUGGGCCCGGGCCCGGCCCGCCCAAACGGCGGGCAUGGCCGCAACCCGUCACCCUCUUGGGCACCAAGCCCCGGCCCGGGCCCUACCCGGGGCGGCGACCACGCCCGAGACGACCGCAGCCGCAGUGGGGAAAGAAACCGAUCGAGACCACGGAACGGCCGUUCGGCCAGCGGUCAGAUGCGCAUAUGUAAAAAGUGCGGCGAGCCCUUGACCGGCCAGUUCGUGAGGGCUCUGGACGGCACGUUCCACCUAGAUUGCUUCAAGUGCAGGGACUGCGGACAAAUAGUAGCGUCAAAAUUCUUUCCCGCCGACGACGAAAACGGUGGACAGUAUCCCUUGUGCGAGAAGGAUUACUUUCGCCGCCUUGGCUUGCUCUGUUUCCAGUGCGGCAAUGCCCUGCGAGGGUCCUACAUAACAGCUUUAGACCGCAAGUACCACGUCGAUCAUUUUACCUGCUCCCUUUGCGAGACCGUCUUUGGCGCCCAGGACAGCUAUUACGAGCACGAUGGCAGCGUCUACUGCCACUACCACUACUCGACACAGUUUGCACAAAAGUGCAACGGCUGCCAGACCGCCAUCCUGAAGCAGUUCGUCGAGAUCUACCGCAACGGACAGAACCAGCAUUGGCACCCCGAGUGCUACAUGAUCCACAAGUUCUGGAACGUCCGUCUCACACCGCCCCAGGAAGCCCCGGCCGAGCCCUACCAACAUGAAGACGAGAAGGCCAGUCGUGAGCUCGUAAAGGAGGGCGAGGAGCGCAUGGAGGAAAAGGUGUACCGAAUCUGGAGCGUGCUCUCGACAUUUGAGGAGUCCUCGGCUGCCUGUAUCUCGGAUAUGCUCUUGCACGUCAGCAAUGGUGCUUAUGUCGAGGGCGUCAUGGUCGCCAAGAAGUUCAUAUGGCACGUCGAUAUUCUGUUCAAGUCCGCCGACGGGCUCGAUGCGGCCAUGGCAAGGCUUGAUAUGAAAGGCCUGUCUUACGGGAGGGAGGCAAAGUUGCUGUGCAAAAAGAUCGUUGCCUUUUUCUCGCUCCUGUCGAAAGCCCAGGACAAAGAUGUCCGGAAGCUCGGCGUCACGCAGGAGCUGCUGUCUCUAGUCACCGGCCUGGCGCAUUACCUCAAGCUGCUGAUCCGCAUCUGUCUCCAGGGCGCGCUUCGGAUAGAGAAGGAGAGAGGCACAUCGGACGGGCUGUACCAGUUCUUGGAUGAUCUGGGUAACCUCGACAGCCUGAAGAACGACGAGCCCGCUUUCCAGAUCACGAGCAGCAUGUCUCGGCUAUCCGCGAACGAUUCGGACCAGUGCACCCUCUGCCGCAAGCCGAUCGAGGAUGAGUGCGCAAAGCUUGAAGACAAGCGUUGGCAUCUGGCAUGUGUUGCUUGCAGCCGAUGUGGCAAAGAGCUGGGCCGGAACCUGCAGGACGCGAGAUUCAGCCCUUACGACCAGAAGAUAUUCUGCAGCAACUGUGGCUCGUACCAUGGCGAUCAGGCCCACGGGUUCACCAAGGUCACCAAGCUCCAGCAAUAUGUCUUCUUGCUCAAGGUUGCUUUGGCGAGGCUGCUGGAGAUUCUUCGGAGCACUGGCGCGCUCCCGCAGGCCUCGGAGGACGCUGGAGUGGAUGGGUACGAAUCGCUCGACGGCAGCCGAGAGGCUCCGCAUCUCCGGGGCGAUGCUAGGUCCAAGUCCUAUGGCGGCGGGAAGGCGCACCACCGCGAGUCGUCGUACGAGAGCACCCUCAACGAUGUUAGGAGACUGAGGAGCACGCGGCUGGACAAGGCGCUAUCGUCCAGCUUCAGGAAGGCUAGGACGUCGCGGAUCAUGGACGGACCCGAAGGCACGAGACCAGGCUCAGCGGGAGGCGUUGGAGGGGCCGACCCUACCAAGCCCGGCUUUCAGAUUGUCGAGGAUAGGGGCCCGGCCGACGAAGGGACCACGGACACGAUGCUCGGCAACCAGGAUGCCUUGACGCUGGACGACAUUCCCCGCAUUGUUGCUGCCGAGCAAGCUCGCGAGCAAAGGCCCAAUGCCUACGCCCGCCAGGAACUAUUCCGAUCGCCUGCUACGGAGCCGAACUUUGGGUCGAACCAGCACCGGGAGCUCUCACCAGGACGAGAUGCCGACCCCCGCCGGGCUGGCGAAAUGUCGCCACAGCGGGGCAUGGGGAUCGGCGGCAGGAAGUACUUCUCGGAGCUGUCGGGUCUCGAGUCUUUUAUCGUCCGGCACCUUGCCGUCCUGACCAUGCACCCGAUGCUCGAGACUGAAUUUUCACUCGAGGAGCUCCUUGGCUUCAUCGAGUCGAGGAAACCGGCGACCUUCUGGAACAAGUUUGGCAAGGCAUUCAAGAACGAGGGGAAGAAGAACGUCAAGAAAAAGGGCGUCUUCGGCGUGCCUCUGGAGAUAAUCAUCGAUCGCGACGGUGCCGACUCGACCGACGGGGUCGGGCCAGGCACUCUGCGGAUCCCUGCCGUAGUCGACGACAUCGUAGCGACCAUGAGGCAGAUGGAUCUUUCGGUCGAAGGUGUGUUCAGGAAGAACGGCAACAUCAAGAAGCUUAGCGAACUCUGCGAGAAGAUCGACCGGGACGGCUGCGACAGCGUGAACCUGAGCGGCCAGACAGUCGUCCAAGUGGCCGCUCUCUUGAAGCGCUACCUGAGGGACCUCCCGGACCCAUUGAUGACGCACAAGCUCUAUCGGUUGUGGCUGGCCGCCGCGAAGCUGCCGGACCCCGAGAAGCGACGGCAGUGCCUGCACCUGAUCUGCUGCCUGCUGCCCAAGUGUCAUCGGGACUGCCUCGAGAUUCUGUUCUGCUUCCUGAAGUGGGCAGGUACCUUUCACCAGGUCGAUGAUGAGUCUGGCUCCAAGAUGGAUGUCAAGAACUUGUCAACAGUUAUUGCGCCCAACAUUCUUUACACAAGCUCCAAAGCCCUCACUCUGGACAGCGACCCCAUGUUUGCCAUCACCGCGGUUGAGGACAUCAUCACAUACAUAGAAGAUAUGUGCUUGGUUCCUGAUGACCUGGUCGACAUACUCAACGACCCGUCCCUCUUCAACAACAAUGGCGACAUAACAACCAAGGAGAUACUGAAAAGGUUCGGCGACCGGCCUCUGAUGAAUGGCGGAGGCCAGCGCCCGCAUGGGGAGGCGGCUGAAAUCAUCGGGAGGCAUGACACGCCCAAUCGGCCGUUUGCCAAGCGAGUGGAUACGGACCCCUCAGUUUGGCAGGACGAGCGGAGUGUGCGGCCAGUACAGGAUCUGAACGCGCCUUAUGCUGCUCCCGGUCACCACCAGCACCCACACACCUCACCAGGGAAGCCAAGGGGCCCUCCGCCUGAGGAAGGGCACCCAUCACCAUAUGGCAGCGAGUUUGAGCCUCCAGGGAUGACGCCUGACGGCCAGGAUCGUGGUCAGCGGCGUGAAUGGCGCAACUCGGGAUGGAGCAGACAGAAUAGUUCGGUCGGCGUCACAGGAACGGGGUGACGGCGCAUGUCUGGGUUUAUGGCUGGCUUGUUGGAAACAUUCGAAAGCAAAAAGAAUACGGAAAAAAGGCCGUUCUGCGGCCAAACUCGAUCAGAUAUUUCAUCUUUAUCCUCCUCCGGCGGUCUUUUCCCAUCCUGUGUUUUCUUACCCGCAGCUUGUUUACUCGUCCACCGUGUUCCCUACCUCUCGCGCCGCCAUCCCACCUUUCCCCCCACCUUUCCUCCUCUUCUUUUUUUGUCCUAUCUCUCCCUUUCUUUCUACUCUAUAUAACUAUUUUGGUUUCUUUCGUUGCUCUUCUCCUUAUUUUCUUUGUUCAUGGUUUCUCUGGUAACUCUUCCAUCCCUGCCGGUUUACAGCAAUCGGAUUAUCCGUCAUUGUCUGUUGGUGCACACUCGUGCAUAACCUGGUCCUUGGGAUGGACUUCGAUAUACCCUCCCAUGCGCUACGUGGCCUACCUUUUUUUCUUCUUUUUUUUGUAAUGCUUUUUUUCUCUCUCACUACUGCUUUUACUAGAGCCACUCAUACUUGGGGUGUAGAGCAAUACGAAACAUGUCUGCAUCGUCUUGACCAAGUCCGCUCGCCAAAUCCCAAGCCUCGUGCUGCGCAUCGCCACUUUGGAUCCUACUUCUCUUGCAGCCGUUUAAACCGUAACCCAUGCAAGGGGCGCUUGUCACGUUCCACUCUGGGAAAAGAAUUAUGGGAAUAUGGGUAGAUUGACCCUCAAACUUUUCCGCGGACGAAGGGAGUUGUUCGAGAGACAGACAGCA